AAAAAGGAUUUCGCGCGAAAACAGUCCAGUCUUGUUUCGAUAUAGAUCAGCUGAGACAAUAACAAUGACGGCUGAUAAUGGGGUCGGAGCGGCUCGUUCACAGAUGGACCCGACCUCCGGUGAACAGACGAAGGAGCAUCGGCACAUUUUGUAACAUUUGAGCGAGUAUUUCAUCAGUUUUGGUCCCGGUUUUCUCCGACUGCUUCCUGCGUGCCCCAACAGUCCGAGGGGGACCGAAGAACUGCGGCUAAUCCCCGAUGCUAGCAUGCUAAAGUGCCCCCCAUUUCCGCGCUAAACUCCUUCUCAUCGCCGUCGUCCGGAGCGAUUGUCGCUUUUAUGACUCUUUUCUCGAAGAUGGUUCGGAUCUGCGAUCGAAGCUCCGCCGUGAGGAUGUUUUUACUCUGAAAACUCAGUUCCGUACGCCUCUAUAAAGUUUUCUGAGCCAGUUAAUGAAGCCAUAUUGGGGUGAAAAGGGGAGAAACGUGUGCUUAGUGGUGGUAAAUGUAGUCUUUAGCUGUUGUUCGGGUGUGUUAGCAAAGUUGUUGCCGUGUUUUCUCGUGGUAAGCUAGCUCGUUAGCUGUAGCUGUUUGGGGACAGUGUGGCGAGGCCUCGUCCGUCUGACAGGAAAACAAAAGACUAGCAGGCUAGCUCGCUGAUCUCUCCUGGCGGGAUUUCCUUCUCCUCUUCCGUCUUUUGAUCAUUUUUGAGGUUUUUGUCUGUGCAAAUGCGCGUGAGCCUGGCGGCGCGGGGGUAGGAUGCGUUUAGCGGGUUAUUUCCUGUUUGGUUCCACGUCUCGUCUUGAUGUUUGAACUGUAGCCUCCUCUGCUUGACCUUUAGAUUUCUCAUCUUCUGUUGGCUAAAUCCACACUUAAAGCUAGCUUUGACCCCCAGCAGGGGGAGAUGCUUCAGACGGGUCAGUAUUGGGGCAUGGUUGGGGUCACUUGGUGCUGACCCUGCUCUGGAACCACCAACAGUUCGGUCUGCUGCUGGAGCCUUGUGGCGGCUGGGCCAUGUCAGAGACUCUGAUAACAGGUCAGACAUCCGAGGAUCUGCUGAAGGACUUUGAGACGUUGCUGAACUCUGGAAGCAUCGAUCUGGGCGAGGACCACCAGAUAGUCAUCAUCACCAGCCCCAGCAAUGAGGGACUCCACCCGCUGGCCGCCCCCUCCAGCACGGGCGAAAUCCUGCUGUUCGCCACGCCGCAGAGCCAUGUCGACGUGGGGGUCCAGGACAGGAGGAGGCCGGCUCUCGGGAGACCUCCGGUGAAGAGGAAGCUGGACCUGGAUAGUGACCACCAGUAUGUCAGCACCACCCGAUCUCCCACCAGCCAAGCGCCCCCUUCCACUCCUGCUCCUCCCAGAGUUCCUCGAAGCACGGCAGAGAAGUCCAGGUAUGACACCUCCCUGAACCUGACCACCAAACGCUUCCUGAACCUGCUGUCUCAGUCGGCCGACGGCGUGGUGGAUCUGAACUGGGCCUCGCAGGUCCUGGACGUCCAGAAGAGACGCAUCUAUGACAUAACCAACGUCCUGGAGGGAAUCCAGCUCAUCUCCAAGAAGUCCAAGAAUCACAUCCAGUGGCUAGGAAACCGAAUCGAUGCCUCCAUGGUGUCCCGCCAUAAGGAGCUGCAGAGGGAGGUGUGCGACCUCACCGAGGCGGAGGAGCAGCUGGAUGAGCUGAUCGACAAAUGCAACCUGCAGCUGCGGCUUCUCACCGACGAUCCACAGAACAAGAAGCUGGGAUACGUGCGCUGCCAGGACCUCCGGCAGUCCUUCGACUCCCCGGAUCAGCUGGUCAUGGUGAUCCGAGCUCCUCCGGAGACGCAGAUGCAGGUCUCCGAGCCCAGCGAGGGCUACCAAGUGUCGCUGAAGAGCACGAGGGGUCAGAUCGACGUCUUCCUCUGCCCGGAGGAUAGCUCCGGCGUCUGCAGCCCCGUGACGGGAAGCAGCCCCUCCAAAACCGGCGCCGACCCCUCCCUCGCCUCGCCACCCCCACAGCCCGCGGAGAAGCUCAGGAGGAGCGACGCCGCUCAGGAGGUGGCUUUGGCAUCACCGGCGUCCACAUCGUCCACGGCAACAGCAGCCUCGCAGCAGGAAUCCACGCCGAUCGGCGGAGACGCAGAAUCCCUCCUGGGGGGCGACCCGUUCUCCAGCCUGGGAGACAUCGCUGACUUUGACCUCUCGCCGCUUUCGUCCUCGGACUUCCUGAACGGAGAGGGCCUUCCUCUCUCGCUGGACAAUUUCAUCAACCUGUCUCCCCCUCAGAGCCACGACUACCACUUCGGUCUGGAGGAGCAUGAAGGCAUCAGCGAGCUCUUCGACUGCGACUUUGAUGAACUCUCGCACGUUUUGGGGGACGGGUAGAGGAGGCCGGCGUGGACGGGACGUCCUCCAGCUUAGCAGGUUCUGAAGGACCAACAGAGAGGACAGUCGGGUCUGAAAGAGCCGCUCCGUCUUUGAACUUUGGGAGUUUUUGGAUUGAAAUGACCAACAAUCCCACAGAAUAGGUUUUGAAAUUGUACAGAAAAUCCUCAUCAGCACUUCUUUGUGGCUAUUCUCCAAUUUUAGACCAAGAUUUCAGCUUUAGAAUAGCUAUUUAAAUUAUUUAUAUGAAUGUUAUCUUGAUAUUUUUUUACCUAAUGAUCUUUUGGAGGUUGUGGAUAAAGUUUUGUUUGGGUGGAUUUUAGAUGUGUGUGUUCCUGUGUGUGUGAUGUUUGGACUCGGAGGGGAGAUCUCAAUCAAGGUUUACCGUCGGGAUCGCCGCUCCCACAUGCAUGCUGGGAGUUUUUGUGCAGGCUUAAAACCCCUCAGAGGCAGCAGAGAUGUUAGAAAAAUCCUCAGAGGAGGAGGUGGAGCUCCUGUGUUUGGACAGAACACUAACUUUGGGCUUCAGAGAUGAACCGGGUCUCUGUCAGGGAAGCAGGUGAAGAAUCCGAUCAUGUCUCUGGAGUCUUUUCUGAAAGUCUCAGGUGUUCAGAGCAGGAGCCAGUCUUAAUGCGUUUGAUGCAAAGGGGGGUUUGGGGGCAUGAACCCGACAGGAUUCUAGCAGCUCCUGUGGGGGUGUUCCUCCUCACCGCCGCCGGCGAGUUUCUGUGCAGAGCAGGGAUUCAGGAAGGAGGCUGUGGAAGUUGAAAGGAUUUCCAGGCGGCUCUUCUCCAGGAGCAGCUCGAGUCUCCACUGGGUCUCCACCGGGUCUCCGUCGAGUCUCCACCGGGUUUCCGUCGAGUCUCCACCGGGUCUCUGUCGAGUCUCCACCGUGUUUCCGUCGAGUCUCCACCGGGUCUCUGUCGAGUCACCCUCGAGCCUCCCGCCGGGUGCAGGUGCUUCGUGUCUGUUCGUCUGCUCGGGUGGAGUUAAGGGUGUUUACUGAUCUUGUCUUAAUUUAUGGAAGCUGAAGAUGUUUUCUGAAUUCCUUCUGUACUGGAGUUGAACUUGUGUGUGUGAAAUGUCUUUUUGUUUCUGUUGCAUAUUUAUUUAAGAAGUUUUAAUUUGAAAAAAGAAAAAGGUACAAGUUAGGUUUAGUUACUUUCUGUCAGGAAGGGACUUUUUUUUUUUGUAAAGUAAUUCGGAUCACAGAUGAGUGUGUUUAGUGUUGAAGUAUUUUGUAAGUGAUCUGCCUUUAGCACAUUUACCCCCAGAGACUCGUGUCCAUCUGUUCAUGUUCUGCAGUGAUUCUGGUCGUUGAUUUAUUAGAAGAAGAAACAAUAAAUGAAAAGAACCUCAGAGAUGCGUUAAUGUUGAGUGGACCAUCAUGGUUUGGGGUCGACCAUCAUGGACCAUCAUGCUUUGGGGUGGACCAUCAUGCAUUGGGGUGGACCAUCAUGCUUUGGGGUCGACCAUCAUGGACCAUCAUGCUUUGGGGUCGACCAUCAUGCAUUGGGGUGGACCAUCAUGCUUUGGGGUCGACCAUCAUGCUUUGGGGUCGACCAUCAUGUUUUGGGGUCGACCAUCAUGUUUUGGGGUCGACCAUCAUGUUUUGGGGUGGACCAUCAUGCUUUGGGGUCGACCAUCAUGCUUUGGAGUCGACCUCGUGGACCAUCAUGCUUUGGGGUCGACCUCGGGUGGACCAUCAUGGUUUGGGGUUGACCUCAUGGACCAUCAUGCUUUGGGGUCGACCUCGGGUGGACCAUCAUGGUUUGGGGUUGACCUCAUGGACCAUCAUGCUUUGGGGUCGACCUCUGGUGGACCAUCAUGCUUUGCGGUCGACCUCAUGGACCAUCAUGCUUUGCGGUCGACCUGUGGUGGACCAUCAUGCUUUGCGGUCGACCUCAUGGACCAUCAUGCUUUGCGGUCGACCUCAGGUUCUGCCUGUGCUCCUCGUCAGAUUGUGCACAAACUUGUUUUCUCUGCCGUCAGAGAAAACUCUUCCUGUCUGUCUGGUGUUCUGGUUCCGUGCGGUCCAAACGCAGUGCCUUGAGGAUUUCUGGUGAGAGUUUUAUUUUCAAGAUAUUUUUUGUGGGUGGGGGGGUUGGUUGUUUGCACCUUUGGAUUAAGCUCAAACUUUUCUGGAUUGUGGCCGAUGAUGUUUGUCUUGGAUUUCUCUUCAAAUGUGGCGUCCUGUCUUUGUAAUACUCUAACAUUUUAACUUUUAAUUUAUUUUCUGUGCAUUCAAAGUAUUUUGAUACAAACGUUAACAGGCCCUGAUGCAGCAGGUGUGUUCCACCUGUAGAGGGCGCUCCGGGUCUGAUGUUGAGGCUUCCUAACAAUCAGAUGAUUCACAUUUUAUAGACUUUUGCCUUUAAUUUGGAUUCAAAGUUUAUUUUUGUCUUAAAAAUAUUCAGAUUUAAAUGUGUGAAUUGUUUGUGGCUCUUUUUGUAUCAACUUGUCUUUGAUGUAAAUAAAAGUUAAUAUUUUGAUUGGAUUUAAA